ACAACAAAGAAAAAAAUUCGGAGAGUUCAAAGACAGAGCAAUUAAAUUAGAAUUAAGCUUAGGUCAUAGGCAAGAGAAGGUGGAUCCAUCCAACUUGAGAGAUCAAGGGAUUGAUGUGCACUCUUUGUUCCUCUUUCCACAUUUGUAAGUUUACCACCAUGACAAUGAGUGGCUAAAUCUUUUGUUGUUGGGAUUAGGUGUAGCUCAUUCAUAAAUAUGUACAACUCUUAAUCAUGUUAUAUAUGUUUUAAUUUAUCAUCAACUUAGUGUUAUCUUUGAUUUGCAUGUUUAUCUUUAAGAUUUGAAUUGUUAUAGACAUAUUUCACUUUGAAUCAAAUGGAAAAGAUAAUCACUUAUUAAAAAUCCUAAAACUCUAGACAUAGAUUUAGGUUUUUAAUAUUCACUUUUGUAUUGAAACUUAAUGCUGUUGUGUUAUUCAAAUGUUUCGAGACAUCGGAGUUUAAAUAAUACAAUUUAGCCGUUAUAUUAAUUAUUCAAUCGAGACAUCGAGGAUUAAUAAGUAUAACGUGAUUCUUGUCGUUAUCUGGACACAGAAACGUCCGUGAGCAAUACGUGAUAUGUUGAUGAUUAGUUAAAAUAUAUAUGAAUGUUUUAGAAACGUACAUAUAAGUGAAAGAGUGAAGUCUAAUCCCGACAACCUUUUCUCUCUGAAUCUUUAAUCACAUUUUUAUUUACAUUUAUAUGCUUUUGCAAGUUUUUACAACAAAACAAACUUUAAAUACUUCACUUAAAAUUAUGGUAAUUGUUGAACGGUUUUUAAUAUCACACUAGUCCCUGUGGAGACGAUAAUUCUAAAACUUACUUUUGUACUUUCAACAAAAUGGCGCCAUUGCCGGGGACUGGCGUUUAGAUAUUGGAGCAUUUCAACAAUUUGUAUUCUUUUAAGUAUUUGUACAUAUUUGUUUAUAUUGUAUAGUUUUUGCUUGCACUAAUCCUUCUUUGCUAGACAAAGAAAGUUGUUUUUCUUGUUUGUUGAAUCCUUUUUUCAGAUUCCCCAUUAAAAGUUAAAUCAUGACUGAUCGUGGUUAUUACAACUUUUAUACUCCGGGUGAGUAUGAAUCAUAUCAACAGUUUCCUCCUUAUAAUUAUGGGCAAACUUCAGAGGCUAGAUUGGAGGAGACCAUGAUUAAAUUCAUGGAAAUGCAGCAGCAACAAAACCAACAGUGGCAACAAUAUCUGAAAAACAGUCUUGCACGGGCCAAAAAUUUGGAAAAUCAGCUUGUUCAGUUGGCUAAACAGUUAGCCAAUAACAAUAACCAAGGAGGAACAUUUCAAACCAACACACAAACCACUCCUGACGAGAAAGAUAAUAUUCUAAAUGAGGAAAGAAUGUUCGAAGGAUGUGGUGUAAAGAAAAUAGUGAAAGAAAUAGAUACACUGCAUGAAGUUGAACUUCCUCAAGAAUUGCCAUGUACGGAGGAAGCUAACACUGUUGAUAAGGAACAAGUGAUGAUGGUUACGGAGGAAAAUAAAGGAUUAUUUAGCAAGGAAGAAUCAUGUGAACAAAAGAAGGAGAUGAAAAACAAGGCGGAGAUUGACUGGGUCAUAGACGAAAUAUGUGCCUUGUUCAAUAUGAAGCAAUUGGGGAGGAUAUGGACUCCGCAAUAUCUAUAUCUCAAGUUCAUGGAGUUCCUCCCUAACCGAAGGAAAAAGACGGAUAAUGUGCUUUCCGUCUCAUUUUGGCCACCCUAACCAAAAAGGCGUCAAGCUAAUGACGUAAAAGAAGCGCUUGUUGGGAGGCAACCCAAUUUUCUUUCCUUUACUUUUAUUUAAAGCAUUUUUAGUUUCUUAUAUGUUAUAAUAGUUUUUGAACAUGUUGUCCAAUCACUUUUGAAAACAAAGUCUUUGAAUUGGUGUGAAUUUCAUUUGAAAUUCUGUUUUCUGCUAUAGUCGCUGAGCGAGACCCUUGCUCGCUAAGCGAGCUUAUCAGAGCUUUUGGAAAUUCUGACAAAAGCCUAGGGUUGUAUGUUUUACCUUGUUGUAAAUGCAGGCAUAACUUCAUUUUCUUGGCCUGAGGACAGUCCACACUUGUUGAAGAGGGAGAAUAGCAGAAGCAGAAGAUUAAAGCACGCCAUAUACAGUGACAUUUUAUUGUUUCAGUCAUUAAAUUCAUGUUUUAUGUUUAUUGCAAAUGUUGACUGAAAUUUUUGUAAACAUACAUGGUUUAAACUUUUGUGAUUGUUACAUGUGCAUAUGAAUUGAAAAGUUUAAGUGUGUGAUUGAUCAAAUUCAAAUGCAUGGUUAAAAUGACUUUUCUUUUAAAUUGCAUUGCUUGAGGUCAAAUCUUUGUGAUUAUCUUUGAAUGUUAGGAUGAAUUUGAACUAAGUAGCUUUAUUCAAAUUUGAUUUCAUCCAUUCCUCCUUAACAUGAUUGAUUGAUUAUGAAUCACAUAGACCUAGCCGGGUGAGAUUGUGUGAACCUUCCAUUGUAUAUAUAUUUGAGAGCCGGCAAUUGUGUUUAACUCUGUUGAUUUUAACUGAAUCUUGCUAUUACUUGAUGUGUUUGAAGUCAUGGAAAUGAUCAAGGCCAUGUUUCUUUUUGAGUGGUAACUACUUAAGCCAAAAUAACCUACCUUGUGAGUUAGUGUGAUCCUUUGCUACCCCCCUUGAGCCAAAAAAAAAAAAAAAUUUGGAAUUUUGUUUGAUUUUGAACCCUUUAACCACAAUAAAGAAAAACAAUGACUUAACCCUUGUCUUAGGAUGAUUGAGCAUUGAAUUUAAGUAUAGUUGAAAACAAGUUGGGGAGAAAGAGGUUAUUUGUUUGUUUGAAAAAAAAAAAAAAAAAAAAAAAAAAAAAUAGAAAUUGUGUCAAAACAAAAGAAUCACCAAAAGUAAAGAAUGGGGAAAGUGAAAGAGGAUGAAUAGCUUAUGUAAUGUAAUGAAGAUACUCAAAAUUUAUGCUCUCUUAUCCUUAAAGGCUUUUUGAAUCCAAAGAAAAACAAUGAAUUUUUGUAGCCUAGCCCCAUUACAAGCUUAAGAAAGACCUUAGUGAUCUAUGAUUGAUAACAUGUCUUGUGAUUAUGUUGAGAUGUAUGUUUGAAUUGAUUUGUUGUGAACACAUUGCUUGGAUUGAGAGAAACACUACACCCUUGAGUUGAAACACUUGUGAGAAUUGUGAUUCUAGUUGAUUGUCUUGUUGAUUUGGAAAGUUUGAAAUCUUACUUGAAUUUUGAAACUAUUUCACAUUCAUGCUUUGAUUCUUUGAUGAUUAUGAAGGUUUGAUUUUGAACUUGCAAUAAAUUGAAUCAUGCAAACUUGAAAUGAUUUAAAACCAAAGUUUUUUGAUUGCAAAGCUUGAAUGAAUUAUGCACUAAUGAGGUUUGAACCAUAUUUUGAGAGUUUAUUUUGGACUUUUGUUUGAGGACAAACAAAGUUCUAAGUUGGGGAGAGUUGAUAAGUGCCAAAAAGUAGUUAAAUAUCUUACUCAAUUAAGGCAAUUAUCGACUGAUUUUCAAAGAUAUUUAUAAUUAAAACCCCAAAACUUUGUACAUUUUA